GAGUGAACGGAUCCCAAACCAUAUAUAACAGCAAACGCAAGGCUUGUUAGAGCGGGUCUUUGGAGAUCUGUGUUUAGAGGAACUGCUCCUGAAGCAGCACUAUCUGAAGAUCCACAAUCUACAAGAUACAUUUAAUCUGCACCUAUUGUAAGAUCAGCAUGAAAGAAAUGGACUCAAACUGGACCACAAUCCUUCUCCUCUUUGGGAUGAUUUGCGGUUUAUCGCAAGGUCAUUGGGAAUGGACAUCUUGGUUUAAUAUUGAUCAUCCUGGUGGGAAUGGAGACUAUGAGCAGCUUGAUGCAAUCCAACGUUAUUACAAGGAACGAAUAUGUCCAAGACCAUCUGCUAUUGAAGCCCGCACCGUACAUGGAGUUCCUGCCACACUCACUGGAGAGGCAGUGCACCUCAGUCCUCACCUUGGCUUCUGGUGUCUCAACAAGGAGCAAAUUUCAGGGAAACGCUGUUCAAAUUAUGCUGUCCGAUUCAGAUGUCCCAAACGAUCCAUAGCUGCUGUAGCUCAGAGUUCCUGGUCCCAGUGGUCAGACUGGGGCCCCUGCACAGCAUCCUGUGGAGAGACAGGAGUGCAGACUCGUCGGCGGACCUGUUCCACACAGAGCAACGAGCAGCAGUGUCCAGGCCCUGUGGAGGAGGGGAAGCUGUGCAAAGGCCCAGCUUGUAUAACAACUCCUGCAACCACCACCAGACCACUGGACAUUCCAACGACAAGUAGCAGAGAAGGGCAGCCAGCUGGUUGUGAGCUGAGAUGUGCUAUGGGUCAUGUGAAUGCGGAGUGCAGUCGAUGUAUAUGCAAAGAGCAUCUACUUUAUGGUUCUGUACAUCUUCAAGAUGGUGCUCCUGCCACCAAGGCAACUGUCCACCUGUGGGGAAAUUCGGAUAAAGUCCUUACAGACUGUGAUGAACAGGGAAGAUUUCAAAUUACUGGUCUUUGCCCUGAUGGCAAAACAACAUUAAAAAUUAAGAAGGCUUAUUAUGGAACAGCAGUUGUCACACUGAGUGUAAACUACAGCAAAAUGCCUACCAUUGAAGUGAAGCUCAAAAGAUCUGAAAAGCCGUUUAUCAGGAAACAGCUGAUGAGCAAAGUCAGACGUGAGGGGCAAAGUGUAACUUUCUGCUGCAAAGUUGAGUGUAAUCCCCCACCAGACAAGCACUUCUGGUAUCAUAAUGGCUCUUUGCUACCUGUGGAGACACAUCGAUAUGACAGUACACUUGUGUUAAAGCAGCUGCAGCCACAACAUGCUGGGAAAUACAUGUGUCGAGCUAGUAACACAGCAGGUUCUAUUAAAUCCCAGCCAGCGACACUUACUGUGAUAGCUCCCGGUGCUCCUUCCUGCAACCCCAAACCUGAGAGUCACUUAAUACAACUUCCUUACGACUGUUACCAGAAUCUGACUCAAUCAUUUUAUUAUAAUGUGGGCAAAUGUCCUGUAGUAACUUGCGCAGGAGAGCAGGAGCCAGAGUUACGAUGCAAAGAUACAACUGCACACUGCUGUGGGGCAGUGAAACUGGAGGAAAGGAUGAUCUCCUGCACUAAAUACACACUUCCCAUCAAGGUGGUCAGCAGUUGUGGCUGUCAAAAGUGCAUUGAAACCAGGACAAUUGUCCGUGGUCGUGCGAUAGCUGCUGAUAAUGGUGAAGCCAUGAGGUUUGGACAGAUUUUCAUGGGUGGAAAGAAGAUCAGUAUGACUGGGUACAGGGGAACAUUCUCCAUUCAGGUUCCUACACAUGUGGAUCGCUUAGUGCUCACUUUUGUGGAUCGGUAUCAAAAGUUUGUGAACACAACAAAGGUUCUGCCCUUUAACAAAAAAGGGGGCUCUGUGUUUCAUGAGGUUAAACUUUUAAGGAAGAGGCCAGCCGUCACUCUGGAUUGUUCUGUUAGCAAUUCCAUUUCCCUGGGGGAAAUAGAAAGCCAAAAUCCUGUAGCGCAAUUGGAGAUUCCUCCCAACUCCUUCUACAGACAGAAUGGAGAAAUCUACAGGGGCUUAGUCAAAGCCAGUGUAACUUUCUUGGAUCCAAGGGAUAUUUCUUUAGCUUCAGCAGCUCAGAGUGAUCUGAAUUUCAUCAAUGAAGAAGGUGAUGUUCUUCCUCUGAGGACAUACGGCAUGUUUUCUCUAGAUUUUAUGGAUGAAGCAACAAUGGAAAGCCUCAAUGCAGGACAAGUAAAGAUUUUUCUGGACUCAGCACAGGUUAAAAUGCCACAACACUUGGAGAAAAUGAAGCUCUGGUCACUCAAUCCUGAAACAGGCUUCUGGGAAGAAGAAGGUGAUUUUACGUUUAUUAGAAGCCGAAGAGGUAAACGAGAAGAGAGAACCUUCCUGGUGGGCAAUAUGGAGAUUCGAGAGAGAAGACUUUUUAACCUUGAUGUCCCUGAAAGUAGAAGAUGCUAUGUGAAAGUCAGAACCUUUCGAAGUGACCGAUUUAUGUCAAGUGAUCAGAUAGAAGGAGUUGUUGUAUCACUUGUUAAUGUAGAACCCAUGCAAGGCUUUUCCUCUAAUCCCAGGGCUUGGGGUCGUUUUGACAGUGUUAUUACUGGUUCAAAUGGAGCUUGCGUGCCAGCUUUCUGUGAUGACCAACAGCCAGAUGCUUACUCCGCCUAUGUGAUGGCAACUCUAGGAGGAGAAGAACUUGAGGCAGUGGCAUCCUCCCCCAGAAUGAAUUCGAAUACAAUAGGUGUUCAGCAGUCUUACUUAAAUAAACUGCAAUAUAGAAGAUCAGAUCAUGAAGAUACCAAAGUUAAGAAGACAGCUUUUAAAAUUAACGUAGCCAAACCCACUCCCAAUGUUCCAGAUGAAAUGAAUGGUCCUAUAUACCCUUAUGAAAACUUAAAAGAGUGUGAAGAGGCUUCAUUUAGUGCAGGCUAUUUCCGAUUUUACAGAGUAGAAGGAGAUAGAUAUGAUUAUAACACUGUAGCUUUCAAUGAGGAUGACCCAAUGAGUUGGACAGAAGAUUACCUUGCUUGGUGGCCAAGACCACUGGAAUUCAGAGCUUGUUAUAUAAAGGUGAAACUCAACGGCCCCCAAGAGAUCACUGUGAGAUCUCGAAACAUGGGAGGGACUCAUCCUCAGACAGUUGGAAAGAUUUACGGCAUUCGAGAUGUGCGGAGUACUCGUGCUCUGGACCAGUUGGGCGUCUCUGCCGUUUGCUUGGAAUUCAAGUGCAGUGGAAUGCUUUAUGACCAAGAACGUAUUGACCGCACGUUAGUAAAGAUUAUCCCUCAAAAUGACUGCCACAGAGAAAGUGUGAACAAUAUGUUACAGGACUAUCUGGUUAACCAUCUUCCUCUUGCUGUCAACAAUGACACCAGUGAGUUUACCAUGUUGGCUCCACUCGAUCCUCUUGGCCACAACUAUGGAAUCUACACAGUAACUGAUCAGGAUCCAAGGACAGCCAAGGAAAUAGCACUGGGGAGAUGUUUUGAUGGAAGUUCAGACAAUGUUUCCAGAGUCAUGAAGUCUAAUGUAGGUGUGGCAUUGACCUUCAACUGUAAUGAGAGGCAGGCGGGUCAGCAGAAUGUAUUCCAGAGUCUGCAGAAUUCGCCGGGGCAAUCACUGACGAAUAGCAUGUGGAUGGGUCAAAGAAAGAGAGGCAGGGGACAGAGAGACAAUCUGUAUGGCCUUCGUCCAUUUAAUAGAUUAAGGAAACAGAGGAGAGCACCACGCAGAGAGCAAUGGCAGAACAGCCCUCAGUUCAGUAACAUGGAUUAAACAAACGAGCUUCAGAAACGUGAUUAGCCAGUCACAAAACCAGCCUUUCCUGAAGAAGGAAUUCAAUUCUGUUUAUCCAUUGAACUGAGAUGAUUAGUCAAUUCUUUUUAAAAUGCAUAAAUAUAAAUCCUAUUUAUUUCGGGCAGUAUUUGAAAGCAGUGCUUUACCAUUUGGAUCAAGGUCCUUGGGGACAGGUAGACAUUGCACCACUUACAAUGUACUAUAGCAAAACUAUAUUGAAAGCACAGUUAAACACCUUUAAGCAUAAAUUGUAGCUUGCAGCUAUUCCAAUCUUUGUUCUUUUCAUGAUGGUGUAUUCUGCUUAUAGUUGGUAUUCUGGAAUAUGCACUCUUUAUACAAUAAAUUGCUUGAAUUUUA